AUGACGAUGCGCCGGUCUCGAGGACCUCUGGUCUUCCUGGUGUGCUUGCUUGCUGGGGGGCCUCUCUUCUUCACUCCAGGACUGAGGCCGAUACCCUCGCGCCAGGAGUCGCGGAUGGCACUCAGUGCAGAGCCCGCCCCUCCCAAGAAGCCCGCGUCCGCCUACAUGUUGUGGUUGAAAGAGAACCGGGUGCGCAUCGCUGGAUCUCUGGGAGAGGACGGCAAGAAGGUGACGCUGGUCUCCAAGGCUGCUGGUGCAGAGUGGAAGACGCUGUCCGACAAGGUCAAGAAGAAAUUUGUGGACAUGGCUGCCAAGCUUAAGGCGAACUUCCUGACUGAGAAGGAAGCCUUCGAAAAACAAGGGGGGGUCAUGCCAGCGAGGAAAAGCAGAAAGGCUGCAACUGCCAAGAAGACGAAGGACCCGAGUCUACCCAAGCGUCCCAAGAACGCCUACAUGUUGUGGCUUCAAGAUCACAGGAAAGAAAUCACCGAUGCGCUGGGGCCUGGGCACCAGCCAAAGCAGGUGAUGGUUGAAGCUGGGAAGAGGUGGAAAACUUGUUCGGAUGCCGAGAAAGGCCCUUACGUGGCGCAGGCAUCUGAGCUGAAGCAGGCUUACAACAAGCAGAAGCAAGGGCAUGUCAAGCUUUAA